AUGAUAACAACCACCAAUGUUUGCCCCUUUACCAACGCCUGUACCAUUGCCUCUGCCUGCAAUAAAGUGUUUAGGAAAAAUGUUCUUAAACCAAACACAAUUGGUAUUAUUCCUAAGGGUGGAUAUAGAAUGACAAAUAACCAGUCUAUGAUAGCGUUGAAAUGGAUGGUAUGGGAAGAAAAUCAGAGGAAAAUCACCAUACAACACGCAGGCAGAGGGCAAGAGGCAAUUUUAUCAGGGUUAAAGGUUGAUGGAUUUUGCGAAAAUCAAGUUUUCGAGUUUCAAGGAUGCUAUUAUCACGGAUGCCCCAGAUGUUUUAAGCACCAGCACGACGAGCCUCUAUCGGGUGAUCCUACAGAAUCAAUGAAUUUUCGGUACGAAUCCACAGUGGCGAAAAUCGAGAGACUUAGAGCAGCAGGGUAUGAUGUCAUCGAAAAAUGGGAGUGUGAUUUCCGACGGGAAAUGCGCGAGAACACCGAAAUAGGAAAAUAUGUCGAAAAUCAUCCGUUAUUAUCCCAUUCGCCUCUAAACCCGCGAAAUGCUUUUUACGGGGGUCGUACAGGAAAUUGCAGGACAUAUUACAAGACCAAAGGGGUUGAAAAAAUUAAAUGGACGUUUGCUCCCUUUACCCUUGGGUAUGUAAAUACGGCGUUGAUCAAUGCAAAUCUAUAA